CCCCCCCCCCCCCCCCCUAUUCCUCUCGCUCACUCGCCCCCAUUCUGCUUUUCGCAUCGGUCUGCUGCAUGCCACAAGCAUUCUGAUUUCGACGGUUUGAACUUCCCGAUGGCUUCCGUCACCUCCCUGGACAAGGACUUGCGCAAUCUGCGCCUGUCCCGCUAUACCCCGCAGGCAGCCGCGGAGGUCCGCGACUGGAUCGAAGAGGCGCUUCAGGAUAGACUAAAGGCUGGAGAUUUACUGGACGCUUUGAAAGAUGGUGUCGCACUCUGCCGGCUGGUCAACCUAGCCGUCUCCCCCGGUGUCAAGUACAAGCAGUCAUCCAUGCCAUUCGUACAGAUGGAGAACAUCUCUCACUUCCUGCGCGCUUGUCAAACGCAGCCUCUUAGCCUGCCCCCUCACGAUGUCUUCCUCACCGUCGAUCUCUACGAAGCGAAGGAUCCCGCGCAGGUCCUGCAGUGCAUCACGUCCUUCAGCAGACGCGCCAAUGCCCUGCAGCCUAGCAAGUUCCCUCGUGCACUUGGCCCGCAGAGCAAAGGAACUACGCUGAGCCCGCACGCGACCGGGUCCAGCCAGGGACCCUACACCCCCACGAAGUCUAGUGCCUCCGGACACUCGAGUCCGGCUCGGUCUCCCAACCCCGUGAGCAGCUGGAGCAAGAAAUCGGACCAGUUUGCCACGGCUCCUGCUUGGAACAUCCACCAGUAUGGCUACAUGGGUGGUGCCAGUCAGGGAAACCAGGGCGUCGCCUUCGGCGCUCGUCGGCAGAUUACCACCGCUGCCCCGCAUGUUCCCAGCCUGGCCGAAAAGGAAAAGCGAAGACGGGAGGAAGACGAACGCCAGCUUCUGGAAAAGCAGGAAGCGGAGCGCCGGCGUCAGCUAGAGCGUGAAGCGGACGAGGAGCGCGCGCGCGUCGAAGAGGAACGCCGCUGGCAGGAGGAGACGGCGCGUGCAAGGGAGCAAGAGCGCCUCGGUGUGGAGGAGGAGAGGAAGCGCUGGGAAGACCAACAGCGCAAGUGGGACGAGGAGGAGCAGCAGCGUGUGCGGGAGGAGAAGGAGGUGGAGGAUCGGCUCGAACGGGAACGGCUGCAACGACGGGAGGCCACCGACAGUCGUCUCAAUGGCCAGUUCCUCAGCCAAUACCAAGCCAGUGUGGCAGGAGCUACUAGCCCUGCAGCCGAAAACCAGGAAAGACAGCGCGUCCGACAACUCGAGCGGGAGCUGGAGCGGGCCAAGGAGCGCGAGCGCCAGUACGAACGCGAACGCCAGGAUGGCGGCGAAAAGGAGGCCGCCACGCCGGAAGCUCGCAGCCCCCGCGCGCUCCCUGUUCCUGUCAAAGCAAGCUAUAACCUCUCAUCACUGGAGCAGGAACGCCGCCUGCUGCGCCAAGAAUGGCAAAACCACCAUACCGAGGAUCCGGCCGAAGCGAGCAGCCCUCCACCCAUGCCUGCACGACCUCUUCCCGAGCCCGUGGAAGACAAGCCACCCAUGCCCCCUCGUCCUCUGCCCGAGCCUGCGGAAGUGCCGCCCCCCAUGCCGCCCCGCCAUCUCCCAGACCAGCCGCAGGAGAGCCGUGUGGAUCGUUUCCUCGCCACGAACCGUCCCCCUGUUGCCGCGAAGCCCGCCACCCACCGUCCCCAAGACUUCACAACGACAUCGGAGGUUGACGCCGAGAACAGCCGCCGCAUCGCUGCCCAGGAGAAGACCAAAGCCGGCGGAUGGGCCUCCAAGUCCCUGCUCGAGCGGGAGAUGGAGCGCGAACGGGAGCGUCAACGCGAGUGGGAGGAGAACCAGAAGCAAACCGAACAGGUUGCUGCCCAGGGCAUGCGCGACGGGUCUCUCGGCACAGGCCCGGGCCAGGGAGCGUGGGACGUCCACCAGUACGGCUUCCUCGGAGGCGAUAGCCAGAACCGCGGCGGUCCCGGUCUGGGCGUUGGCGGCGCCAGACGCCAGAUCAUUGGCCCGCGGCCCCCUCCGUAAAUGGCUGUGCAUGUACCUACCAGGACAUAGAGCUUCAGACUGAAGUCGCUUUAUACCCACCCUUCCCCCUGCGCUUUCUUACUCAGUAUGCAAUCCGAUACUUCAAUCCCCCCUUGCCCUUGUAAAUAGGUAGUCCAACAAUGGCAGAAUUAGAUUUCAAUAGAAUUGCACUUCACAAC